AUGAUCAUCCCUCCCGGAAGCAAUUUUGUGUACAAGCACACGCUGGGUGAUCCAGCUAAUAUCAAUCAUGCCAUUGAGUAUUAUCUACAUGUUGGCCACGGCAUGGAUUUUGCCACUCCCGAUCAAAAGCUCCAGUUGUUCGCUCAGAUGACAGAUGAACCGGCUUUUGAUCAACUGAGAGCGAAGGAACAACUCGGUUAUGUGGUUUGGAGCGGUGUGAGGCCGGCAGCUGUCACGAUGGGCCUCAGCGUACUUAUCCAGAGUGAAAGAGAUCCGGAAUACCUUGAGACGCGAAUCAAUUCGUUCCUCCUCAAGGUCAAUACCGCUCUGGAGUCGAUGUCAAACAAGGAUUUCGAAGGCCACAAACGAAGUUUGAUCAACGCACGCCUGGAGAAGCUUUAA